AUGAGUCGGUAUUAUCUUUCUCAAGAACUGAUCUUCGAAAUACUUUCAUAUUUACCCGUAAUCUCACUCCUACGGUUCCGUUCCGUUUGCAAGUCAUGGCGAUCCAUCAUAUCCGACCCACAAUUCAACAAUGCUGUUCUCACCAAUUCUCAGAAUAAACAAGCCACCCUAAGCCUUCUUGACAAAGAUUUCGAUAAUCUCUACGUCGAUACUCGCCAAGAAUCUGUCAAACUCAACGUUCCACCACAAUGCAAUGGCAAGGUUCGUUGGAUCUGUUCUUGUAAUGGUCUUGUUUGUCUUACGGAAAAAUAUGGUAAUGUCAUAUACUUCUGGAAUCCAUCGACCAAGCAGAUGAAAAGAAUUGCUGCCCCGAAAGCACGAGAAGCUGCUGAGUAUGUAAGUGAUUUCGGGUUCGUGUUUGAUCCUGCUUGCAAUGACUACAAGGUUCUUAGGCUUACAGUUUGUCUCAUAUAUAUUUAUUUCCUUCCUGAUGAAGGGGAGGACAUUUCCUAUGAACUAAUAGCCGAUUUGUAUUCUUCGAGAACUGGCUGUUUCAAAGAGAUCCAUGUUCCUGAAAACCUAAAGAACAUUGAAGUUCGCUUACAUUCAAAAUGUGUUCAUGAUCUCAAAACAGAGGUAUCAUAUUUUGAAGGUACUAAUGAGUUGCUAUCAUUCGAUUUGGAAAAAGAGGUGUUUAAGGUAUAUCCCUAUCCGGUUCCCGACCACGUGCAGCGUUCAAAAUCAAAUGUUUUGGAUUUUGAAGGCUCGGCUGCAAUGAUCUUUGAGUCCGUCGAUGGAUUGGUUCUUAGUCUGUGGACGUUGGAUAAUGUUUGUGAGGACAGAGUGUGUUGGACUAAAAAGUUCAAUAUUGGGGCUUGUAUGAAGAUCGAUUGGGUUUUUCUUUAUCUGGGUGAUGGGGAAUUUGUAGUGAAAAGUGAUGGUGAAAAAAUCUUUUAUGACUACAAAAAGAAAGAUGCCAAGAAGCUUCUUUCACCCGCGCCUGUUGGAAUGUUGGAUUCAGUUGUCAAGUACACCGAGACCCUUGUUUCACCCAAAGAUUUCAAGGAUUUGAGCUUCUAA